UUUCGAAUUAACGCUGUUACCUUUUUGUUCGGAUACACAAAAAUGUUUUUAUUCAGAAGCGUCGGCAUUUUCAUAAUAAUUUAAAAAUAAUCAUAUUUAGAAUAUUAAAAAAACUACAUAAGUAAAUUAUCAUUAAGCCUCGCAAAAAAACUCAAUUAAUUGUGAGAUGUUCGUAAAACAUAAAAAUAAAACUUAAACAAUUUCUUAUUAAACGAACGAACUUUAUAUUUAAAUCAAUAUUUUAUGAAAUAAACUAAAAAAUUAUAGUACGGCUACAGAAGUCGAAUGCAUCUACAAGCACCCGUGUUGGAUUGGACAUCUGUAGACGUCAUUUACAUAGGUCAACGUUUUAAAGCAUAACAUAUGCUGAUGUGAGUGUUAUGUCAACUAUACUGUGAAUUCUUCAAAUCAAAUAGAAAUUCAAGCGGAGUAUGGAAUCUCCCCCAAAUCAUUCCAUAUCUGCCUCCAUAACAAAUGGCAAUUCGAACAGCAGCAGCUGUGAAGCUGUAAAUUUGAUUAAUUCGCAUAUAUCUAUGAUUGGUUUAAAUCCAUUGGCUUCAAGUGCAUCGCAACCAUCUCAGCCACCACCGCAGACACCAACACUUCCAAUACCACUUCCUUCAUCAGUUGGACUUUGUUCUGUUAAUCCCAUAAUGCCACAUUCAAUAGCAACCCCGCCAUCAUUGAAUGCCGUUUUCGGAAACGGACCGCCAACCAUACCAUUGAAUACACUCGCCUCCCAGAAUAGACUGUUGGAACUUUCACGAUUUGGACUUCGUGGUUAUGAUUUAGCACAACAUUUGUUGACCCAACAAAAUGCUGUAUCUAAACUACUGGGUACGCUGAGACCACCUGGUUUAAUUGGAGGAUCAAAGCCUAAAGUUGCUACCCCAGCUGUAGUAUCAAACAUUGAACAAUACAAACGUGAGAAUCCUACAAUAUUUGCGUGGGAAAUACGAGAACGACUGAUAUCUGAAGGUGUUUGUACGAAUGCCACAGCACCAUCAGUAUCAUCAAUAAAUAGAAUUCUACGAAAUAGAGCUGCAGAAAGAGCUGCUGCCGAGUUUGCACGUGCCGCUAGUUAUGGUUACAUGAAUCCACAACAUCCAUAUGCAAGUUUUCAAACAUGGCCAACACCAUUGCCGACAGCUAAUCAACUGUGGCAUCCAAGUACCAAUCAGAAUUCAAUUUUAGAAAAACCAAUUGAUAAAACCAGUAUUGAUCAGACCCAUAAAAACGUUUCUCUCACUGGAACAUCGCCAACAUCAAGUGGACAUGACACAAUGGGAUCCCCAGAAGCCAACAGAAUGAUUGAUAUUGAAGGUGAGGAUUCAGAAUCGGAUGAUAGCGAUCAACCAAAAUUUCGACGUAAUCGAACCACAUUUAGUCCCGAUCAACUGGAGGAACUGGAGAAGGAAUUUGAAAAGUCACACUAUCCAUGCGUAAGCACACGAGAAAAGUUAGCCUCUCGGACAUCUCUUAGCGAAGCAAGAGUUCAGGUUUGGUUUUCCAACAGACGAGCGAAAUGGCGUCGACAUCAACGUGUGAAUCUACUACGAAAAAGGGACUCAAUAUCACCACAAAAUCAUUGCUCUCCCAUCAAUUUCUCUACGGAACCACAUUUCUCCCACCAGCUACCACAGAUACUGACGAGAAGACCGGGGGUCGACAGUUCGUUAGAACCAAUGAAGUUGAGCCAACAUCAAACCCUCCUAUAUCCAAUAUAUCAACGUAUGGAGAGCACACCGUACCUCGAUACCGGCGAAAAAAAUCUGAACUCGACAGCGCCAGCUUUAAGCAUUACUCUCACCCGUACCGGAAGUCCACCUCCAGCGGAAUCGAACAGCAAAAAUCCAAAACAGGAGAAGGGAAAAAUAAUGGAUCAAAUACUUUCAUCACACACAGCAUCAGUUCCAUUAUUAAUGGGAGGUGAAAAUAGUGCUUUUAAAUCCAUAAAUAUUCACCCACCAAACUCUGGCAAGACUCUACCCAAUAAACCGACUUUACAGUAUCUGGACUUAUCCUCUUCCUCAAUGGUAAUUAGUGCAAAUUCAACCGGAAGCCAAAAACAUAAAAAUAUGAAGACCGAAGACCCAACACCACGUUUAAAAAUUCAUCCAAUUGAUAUUAUGACUGACGGAUAUAAUAGUGACAGUGAUCGUGAUAGUACUAGUGACGUAGAAAACGUUUACAACAAUGAGAAUAGUAAUAAUAAUAUUAAUAAUAAAUGUAACAAUGAUACGAAUAAUAUCCACACAAUCUAGUAUUUAGCUUGUAUACAUUAUAAAAAAUUAAAAUUUAAAUUAAUUUACUCAUAGCUACUUCAAUUAUUUAAAAUAUUUAAUUUAAGUGUAUAUAGUAUAUCACAAACGUGUUUUUUAAAUGCAUAUGUAUGUACAUACGAUUUUAUUGAAAAUUUUGAAUUAUUCGAAAAUUUGUUCUCCAUUUUUCUUUAAAUCUAAAUUAAUUUUAAAGGUCACAAAUGCGAAACUUCAAUAUAACGAAUGUGAAAUACUUCGUUGUAGCUACUUUUAACAAUUCGCUGUACAUAUCGGCAAUUUCAUGAAAAGGUAAAAUACGGCUGACAAAAUAAAUAUCCUUAAAACUUUUGCAUUUUUUAAGAUACUUCAUCAUUUGGUGUCGGAUCUUUUGCAGCAGCAAAGCCGAAUGCUGUGAAAAAAUUUUGAAAUUGGUCCAUUUACAUCUAUUAGCCAUACAAUCGGUCUCGCCCCGUUGCUUAACAUCCAAGCUGCAAAAAAAUCACUUAAUUUUAUGAAAAAGAAAGAUGCGUUGGCCUCUGUUGAGUCUUAUGGAGAACACACUGUGGUAAAACUGUUAUGAACAGAGUAAAUCCUGAACAUACAAGGAUGGAAAUUUCAAUUGUAUCACUUGUAUACCUUUCAUUCAUCACCAUUCAAGCCAGCACACAUUUCUAUCCUUGGGUUGUCAUAAAGGUACAGGUCCAAUGUACGCGGCAAUUAGCUGCUCGGCUUUCCGCUUAAAAAUUAUGGUGAAAGGCCAAUGCACGCGGAAUCAGUUGAGCAAAAAAAUAUAUAAAUCAAUCACUUUUGAAUUUAAAAAUAACACAAAUUAAUUCCAAUAUAAUUUUUAUUUGUUUUUUAAAUAUUUUUUGUAUUAAUUUUUUUUGUAUUGCAAUUGAUUUUCAAGCGGCCGUGCGGAAAAGUUGAACAAUAUUCAACUUUGCCGCGUCGCUCAUCAUUGCCAAAUCAAAAUAUUCCUAAUGUGUCAAUAUUUUUAUAUGGAAAAUUUUGUAAACACAUUAAUUUUAUUAAAUUUGGUAAUGCUAUUGCCGCUUGAAGCCGCAUGCCGCGUACAUUGGCCCUGUACUAUAAGGUACUCAUUCACUCCAUGAUAAGUGUUAAAAAGAACUUAAAUUGUGCUUCUGCGAUUUAUUUUCAUCGACUUGUACGUGUAAAUUUCUGACCUCUUUAAUUUGUUUUUUAAAUAAUCAUCUCUCUUUUAUUUCCUUUAUAAAUUCCAAUUUAGUGGGGUGAAAAAACAAUUUGAGAAGUCCAAUUGCUCCAAAAAAUUAUUUUAGAAGAUUGAACACGUCUUAAAGGUAUCACCGUUGUUGUCAAAAGGGAAUAAUCUGCAUUCCGUGAAGUACUUGGCUCUUGAAAAGCUUGAUUAUACUUUGCCUGGCAUGUGACUACGGUCAAAUCCAUAGCUUAAAAUAAGAUCCAUUUUAGCUGAAUUCAUUGUGGUUACAUAACUUCUUUAUGUAGUUCUAUUCUAGUUGCAGUAUGCAUUAACAGCAUUUGUAAAGGAACACUUGCAGUUAUUUCACUUACAAUUGCACCUUCGGGCCUACAUUUCAGUUCUGAUUACAUCAUUCUAUGGUAAUAAGUAAAUAUGUAUAUCUGAGUUUCUUUCCUUGCUUUCAAGGCGAAUGUUACAAUAUUGUUUUUUUGAAAAAUUAUUUUCGAGGAAGCAUGCUAAUACUUCUUCCUCGGAGAAAUUUAUUGCAGCUUUUUCAUUUUUUGUGCAAAAUUUUCGCAUUUUUAAAGGUCUUGCUUUUCACGGACUGUAGCUAUUUCUACAUCACCUGAUUUACGUGCAGUACGCACAAAAAUAUCGGUCUCAUAUUUUUUAGAUGCAGAAAGCUCAGAGACUUAUCUCCGUUUGCUUCGUUCCGAUUUUUUUUUUGAAAACUCUGGACGUAGACGCACGCCACUUAAUGGUCUUAAUUCCGAAUUUACUGCGCUUGUACUUAAUAUUGGUGAUUUUUUGCCCUUCAAAAAGGGUUUCAGCUAUCAACCAAUUAUUAUAACGGCUACAAAAAAUGUCUACUUUACAAUGCCAAAUUUUCCAUUUUUCAUCCAUUCUUUUGCACAAACCAUAUACUUUUUCCGUUAUAUAUUAGAAAACCUCAUUUGAAAUGUUCUCUUGGACGAUUUGUUCCAGAACAUAUUUUAGAAUAGAAUAUAAUUAUUUCUACAUUUAGCUUUCUCUUUUAGCGAUAUUCCCAAAAAAAUAUUUUUUUAAUAAUAACCAUCUGCAACAAAAUAGAAAUUUUCUCAGAAAUCGAAAAAAUUCGAAAAAAGGUUAGUUAGAGUAAGUAAUAAUAUUCCGAUCUAACUGUUUUGUUUUUAAGUUUUGUCCCCGGAAGAGUCCGGAAUUUUUAUAUAACCUUAUAUAAAGUUGGUGAUUACUACGAUUUUGUAGGUUAUACGUAAUAAUUAAUUUUUUCAUAUCGCGACAUUGUUUUAAACUUAAUUUCUAUUGAUAAUUAAAGUACUUACAGCAGCUUUCUUUUCCAUAUUUUUUUUAAUUUGCUUUUAAUUUCUUUAGCAAACAUAAUUCACAAACUUAAAAAAAUAUUUAGUUUUUUAAUCACAUUAAAAAUUUAUUGGGAAAUAACCAACAUUGACAGCCAAUUUUUAAUUGUAAAUUUAUGUAAAUAAAAACCAAAUGCAUUUUUGGUACCUUUGAAGUAUGACCUACUAGAUUACAUUAAAAAAGUACAAAAACAUAAUAUUAAAAAAAAAUUGUUUUGGCUAAAGAAAGUGGUCGUCUAAACCAUAGUUCGAAGGUGAAGGGAAACAACAAAAUAAAAGUUUUGUGUAUUAGCUUGAAAAUAGGUCUAUAAUGACAAAUACUGCCAAGUCAUACAUACAUAUAUAUUAUGAUUAUGUUUUUCUAUAUAGGUCUGGAAGGUUUUUUGGAUAAAUAUUUCCAUAUGUUAGCCCAUUAAUUUCCUAAAAGGGGUAACUGACAACGGAUAUCAUCCUGUGGACUUGUAGCUUCAAAUACUCUCUUAUUUAUACAAACCAGGAAGAAAAUUUUUAUGUGAAUAUCAUCAGAUGACAAGCAAUAAUACGACUAGUUAAUGGUGUAGUGGGUAUGACGUCGAACCAGCAACUAAGGGAUUGUAGGUUCGAAACUUUUCCAAUUUUUUUGUGAUAAAACCAUUUAACUCCUGUAUGGGUGAUAUAAGAAAUUGUGGACCAAUUUCAACAAUAUUGAGUCUCCAAUUAUGAACUAUAUGUGUGACUAAAUUCAUCAAUUUAUAUGCAAUACAUUGAAAAUCAUCUUUAAUUUUAGGACAAUUUUUUUUUUGCAAAAUUGGGGGUUUUGAAAUAAAUUGCAAAAAAAUUAAAAUAAUUUUUUUAAAUACCAGAGUAUUUCCUAAAAUAUGAAAUUUGUAAUAACUAUUUUAACAUGCACUGAUAGUCCUUCUAAAUGUUUACGAUUUUUUAAAUUCUAUUAUUUUAAACUUUUGCGCGCACCAAACGAAAUAAUUAACGUUUAUUUAUUUAUCAUAUGUAAUUACUAUCUAUUUAACCUUUAAAUAUGGUUUUUGUCAGACGAAAAAAAAACAAAUUGUAUCUUAUUCUUAAUUUUUUUUUGAUUUUUCCCGGGAAAUGAAAAACAACUUAUUUAUUGCUAAUUAGGUUAGGUUGAUGAAUGGAUGUAUCUACAUUAAAUAAGAAAAAUACACCUAGGCCAUUAUCGGGUCGAGUUCUCCUUUUCAUGGAAAAAUGAUUGUUGGUAAAAAGAAAAACUAUAUAUAGUAUUCACUAAAUGUAUUACAUCGUUCAACACUAAAAUUAAAAAGAAAGCUUUCCGUCUUCGCCUGGUAAACAUUGAGGCCUCUCACUUGAGUCCAGCUCACAAGUAAUUUAGAUCUUUAGAUUAUGACAUCGUCUGCAUACCAAACAAAUCUAAGUCUAUUCUCGAAUAGGGUCCUUAGUAGGAAAUCAAUCGUGGUAAAGGGGAGAAAAUGCCACCAUGGCAAAUGUAGUGUACCGCGAAAUACCCCUCUCCUGAGAGUUAUAUCGCGACCCCUAAAUAAUCGACAUUUUGAUUUCCUUUAAAUAUAUGUAUAUUUAUUUGCACAAACAUAAAAUAUCUUUGAAGUUAUCACUUUAGAAUGCCUUUACUAUUUGUUUCGAAAAUUUUUGCAGUUACAAAACUCACGUAAGAUCAAACAAAUAUUUAUAAAAAAUAGUGGUUACGUCUUUUUCGUCAAAUAUUUGUUAGGUGUGAACGUACUUUUAGUUAAAUAAUAAAGAAUUUUCGUUUAAUUAUUCAGAUUUAAUAUUUUAUUAAAUUAUUCGAACAAAAAAGUUUAUUCGUCAUUCGUUCGAAUAAUCGAAUAAUUUUUAAUAUUUAAUCGAUUACUCAAAAAUUUCCUUCGAAUUAUAUUCCACUAUAAAUACUUAAUAACGAAAAUUGGGACAAUGAAACAUAUUUUAAAAUAGUUGUAAAAAUUAAAGAAAACAUUUUGUGUUAAACUUAGUGCAAUUAAUUUUAUCCUUAAUAUUUAUUAACUAUUAUACAUAAAGUAAAU